UUUUUCUAUUUGUGUUAAUAAGUUAAAUUAAAGAACGAUUAUGGCUGUUUUAAUUGUACUAACAAAUUGGAGCGAACUUGGAAAUUCUGGCAAAAAAACAGGUUGGUACUUGCCAGAAGUUGCACAUCCAUACCAUGUUUUUAAAAAUUCUGGUCUUUCAAUAACAUUUGCCAGUCCAAAUGGUGGAUCAACUCCAAUGGAUCCUAGUGGUUAUGAAGCAUUCAAAGAAGAUCCUAUAUGCAAAGAAUUUUUAGAAGAUCAAAGUAUUUCUGAACAACUUAAUUCAACUGUUUCACUAAAUGAUGUCAAUUCUGCAUUGUACAAUGUGAUCUUUUAUGUUGGUGGUCAUGGUCCUAUGUUUGAUAUACCAGAUUGUGAAGCAUCUAACUCAUUAGUUGCAAAGAUCUAUGAGUCAGGAGGAAUAGUAUCUGCUGUCUGCCAUGGAACAGUUGGUCUUUUAAACGUUAAGCUCUCCGAUGGCAGUUACUUGGUUAAUGGUCACAAUAUUACUUCAUUUACAAACGAAGAAGAAUACGCUGUUAAUUUAAUGGAGGCAAUGCCUUUUGCUCUUCAAACCAAACUAGAAGACCACGGAGCUAACUUUCACGCUGCUCCCGUUUUUACUAAUAAUGUUCAGGUAUCUGGGCGCAUUGUGACCGGACAAAAUCCUGCAUCAGCAACUGGCACAGCCGAAGCUAUUGUUAAGAUAUUGAAUGAAAAAUAGUUUAUAAAAAGUACUAAAGAAAAAUAACAAGUUUUUUACUUUUCUACUUUGUAAAAGAAUUUUGAACAUAUAGUCAGAACUAUUUGGUA